AUGGCAGAGAGCAAGUUCUCUGCAGAACUUGGAGCCAUGGGAUGCAGUGUCAUUAUAGUAAAGGGGAGCGUCAACAAUCUGGAGGAUGUCGAAGAUGCCAUCAAAAAGGCCCCCUGUCCCAUCAGAGGUGUCUUUCACUUUUUCAUGGUGCAAAUGGACUCUCCUCUUCUGGAUAUGACGUGGAAAGAUUGGAAGGAUGCUAGCGAGCCCAGAGUGAAUGGUACCUGGAACCUUCACCGAGCGCUUCAUGGCCAGCCACUGGAUCACUUCUGGUUAGCGAGCUCCGUAGUCACGGUUGCUUAUCAGCCUGGCCAGAGCAACUACAAAGCCGGAUGCGCAUUCAUCGAAUCAUUCUGCCAGUAUAGACACUCUCUCGGUCUUCCCGCAUUUGUACUCUCAAUACGUAGUAUCGAAGACAUCGGAUACUUGGCAGAGAAUCCGUCAGCACUUCGCAGCAUUAAACUCCAGGGCCUCCACCUUGUGAGAGAAAAUGGGUUCCUCGAAAGUGUAGAGGCUUCACUGUUUAUCUCGACAUCAGGCGGCCGGAGCUCUACCAGCGAUAGUUUCGAGAAUCUCUCGUCAGGUGAACUGUCGCCAUGGAAGAACAAUGGCCAUAUUAUUAUGGGCUUGAGAUCUCAUCUUCACCUCGACGAUCCCAAGAAUCCUACCAAUUGGCGUCGUGACCGUCGAAUGGGCGCAUAUCACAACCUUUCAACAGGAGACCAAGCCGACACGCGAGGCGAGAGUAGUCAACUCAAGGUCUUUCUCCAGAGCGUCAGUGAAGGAAAUGCCAUUGAAACACUAGCAAAAGAAGAGUCUAUUGGUUUUCUAUCUAUGGAGAUCGGUACAAAGUUCAACGAUUUUCUUCUCAGACCAGAUGCGCCUGUUGAUCCUGACCUCAAAUUAUCCGAGAUGGGGCUUGAUUCACUUACUGCGAUUGAGUUGCGGCGAUGGUUAGGCCAAGUCUUUGGAUUGCAGGUUAGUGUGUUAGAGAUGAUUGAGGCUGCGUCGUUGAAGGAAGUUGGGCGGAUUGUAGCGACCAGGUUGGGCGAGAAAAUUAAUCUACGGGACAUGUGA